AUGAUUUUCUUCCUUAUCCCUUUAUUCAAAUCACUUGAAAAUUUCCCGGUAUAUCCUCAGCCUACAUGCGCAACGAAUUUCUCUUUCAACACAUAUACUUAUGCAUGCCAAGCCAAAUGGAUAAAUCCUGCAAGCGCAGUCUACAAUGCAGAUACACAAGAAUUUUCUUGCUCAGAUAGUACAUAUGCUGUAUUAUUCGAAGAUGGUGACCAAGUUUGUAAAUCUGUUGAUGACAUUGAUACAACUAAAUAUACAGAGAUUACAUUCCAUAAGUUAUACUACAACAAUGAUCUUAUAAGUGAUUUUGCAGCAGGUGAUAUUAAUACAACGUAUUUAAGCAAAUUAAAGAUAAACUAUGCGAUUUGCAAAUCAGUUCAAUUACAACCACACAGAUCCUGCCAAGUAAUUGCAAAUUACUACGCAUCAGUUGGAUAUAAAGAGACUGACAAAGCAUACACAACAUAUACUAAUCUAUUUAACCCAAGUACAAAAUCUGGUGGCCUUUAUGGCUAUUCUUAUUGGCUUAGAGGUAUCCCGUGGGUUUCAUAUCCAUCAUCUAUUGGCCAAGUCGAUGACAAUGACCUUAUAUCGACAACUUUCGAAUACAAAGACGUUCUUACUUUUAUUUUAGCCAGGUAUGAUGAAGAUGGUAAUUUUAUGGGUUACAAGAAGAUGACAGAUAAUUUCGUUUAUUGUGGUGGAAACAACAACGUAACACAAAUUUGGAGAGUUAUUGGAAGUAAUUAUGAGAGUAAAUGCAGUCUAAACAUCACCGAAAUGAACUAUCAAGACAACCAUUACAUGUAUGAGCCAUUCUUCCUUGAUAAUAACGUAUUGAGACCUGUUCCAAUUAUGAUUACAGGUCAAUCAACGAAUAGACCAUAUCGUAGGUUCUUUAUUACAGCAGAUUAUCUUUUAAACAAUAAGAUUAGAUAUGCUUCUUCAAUCAAACUUACAAUAACUUUAAAGGAUGGAUCAAAAGAUGAAAUUUUACCUCCUUUAUUUGAAAUUAAUUACACAACAGUACUCUCAACAACAACUUCAACUCAUCCAUUUGAGUUUUCAACCACCUAUACUGAGACAUUUACGAAAUUCUGGAGAUCAGUUAUUAUUGUUUCGGCAGUUUUCGGUGCUCUUGCAUUUGCAUACUUCCUUUUCAAGGCUUUCACAUAUGUUCAACAUUUCGGUGAAGAUGGAAUUGAUGGAAAUGUUAUUCUUGGCAUUUUUGGAGAAAUUUUACAUAUUUCCGGCGUUUUAUUGUUUUUCAUCGUCUUCGUUUUCUCAUUCUACCUUCUCUGCUUCUUCAAAUGGCAGAAAAGCCUCUUCAUGUUUUUACCAGAUAUCAGCGAUUUAAAGAACCUCACAAUUAUGCAAUGGGUUGCAUUCGGAUGUGUUGCUGUAUCUGUUAUAGUGAAGAUUAUCAAGACAGCUCGUACAGAUGUCUUCUUAAUUGACUGGGAAACACCUCGAGAGAAAGGUUUCCCUGUUUCUUCAUGGAGAAGACUCAUGAUAUCGAAUGAGUGGGUCAGAUUAUUCACAAUUAGAUCAUAUAGUGUUCCUUUGACUUUAAUAAUUUUAUUAUUUAUUCUCACAGGUUUCAAGACAAACUUAAUGGCCAUGCCAAUACCAUAUACAUUAUUAGUUGAUCUCGGAAUCCCAUACAAAAUCCUGAUUUUCGCAUAUACAUCUUUCUUAUGGCUAUUAUUCAUGCUUGCCCAAUGGAUUUUUAACACUUUUAUUAGAUGGGGUAUUCUAAGAAAUCCAUUCUGCAACUUCCUCGAUCUUUGCGCCAUGUCAAAUUGUUCUGUAAUUAUAAUGGUUUCAAAUAGUUACGGAUAUUACUUACAUGGCCGCUCAGUUCAUGUACAUGCUGAUGAAAACAUGAUUGCUCUUCAUAACCAGUUAGCUUCUGAAGCGGAAGGCUCUGUUGGCUUAAGAGGUUUAGUUUCAGGAACAACCGACCAAGUAUUUGAGAUCUAUUUAACACAAGGAUUCAGAGCCGCUUUCAGACAGACAUACGAUUCAGUUCAGAGUGUUGUAAGGCCACGAGCUCUUGCAGGAGAAAAGAACAUCACAUGGGCAUCAGUUUCUCUUGAAGCUCUUCAAUCUUAUGACCAUUUGAACCAGUUCUUACAGAAAUUCAUCAGCGAUGAAACAAAUUACGAAGUCAGACCAGCACCUUUCUCUCAACAAGCACUUGGAAUUGCUCCAGCUGUUAAGGACAAGAGUGUCUUUUUAGUCGAAAGAGAUAUUUCUUUCAAGAAUUCAAUGCUUGCAGGAAUUGAAUGGACUUUAAUGAUAUUUUAUGUCCUUCUUUUCGCAGGAAUUGAGUCAGAAACAAACUCUCCACCAAUUGCUGCUUUCGUAACAUUCCUUGUUGAUCUUAUUAUUGUGAAAUUGACAAGAAAUCGCGGAAGAUCUAAUGCUGCUAAGAAAUCUCUUAUCGAUAAUAGAUUUAUUUUGUCAUAA